AUGACUUUUGUCCAUAGCAUUGUUAUUGUAGACUAUCCUUUCUAUCUUCAUCAUGAGCAAACACAUGCCCCUGCCACCGGCGGCUCUGGUCAUGGCCCAGAUGCGCAAAGUGGUGACACGCACAUGCCGGGGUCAUUCAAUCCAAUUCCAGACAGGGCAAACGCCCGUCGCCAAGGUACGGAGGGUAACACAAAGGACGUACCACCAUCGACAGCCCCACAGACCCAAGCAGCACAAGCCAGCAACGACCAUAUCACAGCUCACGCCCACGCCCUAGGUGAGCCGUGGACGGCGGCCAUCGACGUGCUUGCUAUGACGCUGAAGACAGCAGAAGUAAUGGUGCAGGUUGAGAUAGCAUGCUCUAGCGCCAUCUCUGAAUGUCUCCUCUUUAUAAGAGAAGCUAAGGUCUUACUAGAAAUAAAAGUAAGGGGUUUAAAGUCCCUUAAGCUUAAAGCCUAUAGUAAGGUAGUACUAAAAGGCUUAGGACUUCUUAAGGCUAUAUUUAAAACUAUUUAG